AUGCUAUCCAGCGAUGUAGUCUUUGGAAUUAUUUUCCUCUACCAGAGUAUCUUUGGAUUCCUAGGAAACUCAACCAUGUUUCUGGUGUAUAUGAACAGUUUCAUAACUCGGCCCCAACAGACGAAGCCCACAGACCUGAUGUUCACCCACCUAACCGUGGCCAACACAGUGACACUUCUCACCCGUGGGAUCCCAGAGACCAUGGUGGCUUUUGGGAUGAGGAAUAUUUUCAAUGACGUUGGGUGUCAGAGUGUCUUGUACAUUAAUAGAGUGUCUCGUGGCCUUUCCAUCUGCACCACCUGUCUUCUGAGUGUGUUCCAGGCUAUCACCAUCAGUCCCAGCACCUCCCAGUUGGCCAGGUUCAAACUCAGGGCCUCCAAAUACAUCCUCCCUUCCUUCCUCUUCUUCUGGAUCCUCAACAUGUUGAUCUACAUCAGAGUGAUUACCUCCGUUCAAGCAAUCAGAAAUGUUACCAUCAUGGGGCAGGGAUAUGCUAUGAAAUACUGUUCCACUAUUCCUGAUCUGGAUUUUAUCCACUCACUUAUCUUCCUAAGUGCUAUGACACUCCGAGAUGUCUUCUCUGUGCUCCUCAUGAGCUUAUCCAGUGGCUACAUGGUGAUUGUGCUCCACCAACACUGCAAACAAGUCCAGCACAUCCACAGCAGCAGUCUCUCCCCGAGAUCCUCCGCGGAGACUAGAGCCACCCAGACCAUUCUGAUCCUAGUGAGUUGCUUCAUUUGCUUUUACUGCCUCAACAGCUCUAUUACACUCUAUUUGACCUAUGCAUUUCAAAAAGAUCUUCAUCUGGGGAGCACAACAGUUUUUCUCUCUGCCUGUUACCCCAGCCUCUGCCCCAUCUUCUUGCUCAACAUCGAUCCCCGGGAACCUGUGCUUGACACUACCUCUAGAAAGCUUGAGAAGGGGAGGAAAGAUGGCUUAUUCUCCAUCUCCAGAUCUCAGGUCUCAAGUCUCAGACUCUCCCUGGAGAAAGACCAUAGGCAACCACAGCUUACCCCUCUUCAUACCGCUCCUUAUCCUAAAUUCAUAUGUGCUGCAGAGAAUCUUGGAUAG